ACAAUCAUCAACCAAAUUUUAACCCAAAAUCUUAACAACAACACAAUGGAACACUUAAUGACUGCCUUUAUGCCACCAGCCUACUUGUUGGGCCAUCCUACAGCGCCCGGUCUCUCAUCCUCCUCUGCCACCACCUCACCGGCCACAUCGCCCACAGCCAAUUCAUCUGGUCUUAGCAAGCCUAAGAGAUGGGGCUCCCCACCCGUCAAUAUGGGAGGACAAUUUAUUAAUCCUGCAACUGGUAAAAAACGUGUACAAUGCUCCAUCUGCUUUAAGACUUUCUGUGACAAAGGAGCUUUAAAAAUUCACUUCUCCGCCGUACAUUUAAGAGAAAUGCACAAAUGCACGGUAGAGGGCUGCAAUAUGGUGUUCUCUUCACGUCGGUCGCGCAACAGACACAGUGCUAAUCCCAAUCCUAAAUUGCACUCUCCUCAUAUACGCCGCAAAAUUUCACCUCAUGAUGGUCGUACCGCGCAACAGUUCCCUCUAUUCGGCAUGACUACCAGCAUCUUGCCUCCAGCAGCUGCUAUGCCUGCCUUCCCAGGAUUAAUGCCUCCUCAGGGUAAUGCUUUUGCUCCUCAUCCUGCAGCCAUGUUUGGUGAUUUCUCCAGUCCUCAAUUCCAACACAUGCUAGCCAGCCAAGAAAGACUAUUGGGAGUACAGCAUUCAUCACACUCCAGUGGUGCUUCCAAUGCCUCCGACAAUGAUGACGAUGAAGGUUAUGUUCUAGAUGUUCAGGGUUCAUAUGCUAGUCAGGGCAGUCACAGUGAUGUAGAUGAUUACUGUCGUGAGGUGGAAGAUGAUGACAAUGAAGAGGACGAAUUAAUUUCGGUAUCAAUAGAAGAUGAAAUCAAACCCAUGUCUAAUAACAUGCACUCGGAAGAUUCAAAUGAACCUUUAGACUUUAGUUUGAACAAGCGUUCAAUGGACUAUAUGUCGGCGGCAGAAAGACUUAUGGCCAGUCCCAGCAGCAGCAGCAGCUCUAGUGUACAAAAACCCUCCAACAGUUUUUCCAUGGACAGUUUGUUGGGCAAGAGAAAACGUUCGUGCAGUGAGUCAGAAAUGUCUUGUGAUAACUCUUCUCCAGUGACUAUCAAAAUGGAAAAUGAAGAAGAAGACAGCAGCUGUUUGGAUCUCUCCGCCUCGCAGGCCAGCAAAAAAGUACAAACUGUUCCCUCCGCCCACUCCUCACCUCUUUCUCCGGAAGAGCAACACCUAAGACUAUUGCAAUCGCAAAUGUUUGCUGCAGCCGCCGCUGCUGCUGCCGCUCAAACCCAAAGUUCCGAAGGCAGUGAAAAUAACGCCACCUCUCCCCCACCCAUGUGGAAUCUAUUGUCUGAAGUUUAUCGUUCCAUGCUCAUGAACACCACCUCAAAUCUUAAAACCCAACAGCAACAAUCACAACAGCAGCAAUACAAUGAAAUGUCCACGAAUGCCAUUUCAGUUUAAAUUUAUAAAAACAGGGCCAAACUUGUUACCCAAAACACCCUCCUCACACAAACUCGCUUUAGGUUGUUACCUCAAAAUGUUAACUUGUUGUAAAAUUCUCAUAUUAUUAUUAUUAAAUAUAAACAUUUUUAAACUAAAUGUAAAUAUUAAUACAUUUUAAGUAAAAACCAAAAUAUUUAUGUAAAUAUUCAAACCCCCCCCCCCCACAAAAUCAUCAUUUUACCUACAAAAGUAUUCAGCAAUAUUUAAUUUAAUUUAAAAAUUUUAUAAAUUUUUUCUUUUUUUUAUAUACAAAUUUAAAUUUAACUCUCUAACUCUCGCCCUAGUGCAAUACUUUGUAAAAAUUUUAUCUUUCCUUUACUUUUUUUU